GGGAGGUGUCACCCAGCCCGACGUCACCUUCACGUGUCCCGGGAAGAUCAGUGGAGGAAUCGGGAAUCGCUGUCAUUCCGGCGUGCGCGUCCCGAUAAGACAACAGCAAGAUGUCCGGCGGGAUCUUCUCCCCCUUGGAUAACCUGUACGAUCCGGACAGCGCCAACUGCCACCCCCUUGUGUGCCACUUGUGCCACCAGCAGUAUGAGCAGCCGUGCCUGAUGGACUGUUACCACACCUUCUGCGCCGCCUGCCUCCGCGGCAGGGCGCUGGACAGCCGCCUGAGCUGCCCGCUUUGUGGACAUCAGUCGAUUGUGAAAGGGAUCACCGCGCUGCCUCCGGAGGACCGGCUGCUCAAGUUCCUGGUGGAUAGUUCCGCAGACUGCGAGGAGAUUGUACAGUGUGCCAACUGUGACCUGGAAUGCAAGAAGCAGGAUGUGGAUACAAUGUAUUAUUGCAACACAUGUUGCCAGCCCCUGUGCCGCGACUGUAGGGAAGUCACACAUAAAGCCAAGAUGUUCGCCCGUCAUGAGAUCGUCUCCCUGGCUAAACGCACCAAGGAGGCCCACAAAAAGUGCUCCUUGCACGAAGAACUCUACAUCAUGUUCUCCACCGAAAAAAAGUCAAUGCUAUGCAUCAAUUGUUUCCGAGACAUGCAAGUGGAAAGCCGCGCACAUUGCAUCGAUAUUGAAACGGCAUAUAUGCAAGGCUGUGAAAAACUGGACCAGGCCGUAUUAGCAGUGAAGGAGCUACAGACAUCAGCACGUGAGGCCAUCGUGCUGCUGAAGGCCAUGAUAGCGGAGGUGAGGGCCAACGUGGACGAGGAGGAGACGGCCAUUAACACGCUCUUCAACAACAUGCAGGAAAAACUGGCAGAGAGGAGGAAGAUUCUCCUAAAAGCUGCGCAAAGUCAGCACGAGGAAAAGGAGAAGGCAUUCAAGGAGCAGCUGUCCCACCUGGCUGCUCUCCUCCCUACCCUACAGGUUCACUUGGUCACAUGUUCUGCCUUCCUUAGCUCAGCCAAUAAGUUUGAAUUCCUGGAUAUGGGAUAUCAACUGAUGGAGAGGCUGAAGAAGAUUGUGAAGCUGCCACAUAGACUGAGGCCGACUCAGAGCAGCAAGAUUAACACGGAGUACCGGUCCGAGUUUGCCCGUUGCCUGGAGUCGCUGCUCCUUCUGGGUCAGCGGCGGUCCGUGUCUACCUCAGGGGGCCUCUGCGGCCUGGGCCUGGGCAACGGCAGUGGCCUAUUGCAGUCCUCCCUGUCUGUGCCGUGUCAUUCGCCCUCAAUCAGCGACAUGUCACUGGGCUCAUCUGUGGUACGCAAACCCACCUCCCACCGAUACAUCAGUACCAAAGUCCUGCUGGCAGAGGGUGGUGACACCCCCUUCACCGAGCAUUGCCGCAACUACGAGAAUAUCUACAAGACUCUGCAGACUGAGAUCCAGAAGCUGAAGGAUCAGGUGCAGGAAAUGCACAGGGAUCUGACCAAGCACCACUCGCUCAUCAAGACGGACACCAUGGGGGAGAUCCUGGAGAAGUCGCUGCGGGUGGAUAGCCAGAUUGCGUCUGAGUACUCCGCUGUGGAGAUGAUGAGGACUGUCUUUGAGGAGAUUUGGGAAGAGACAUUUCAGAGGGUGGCCAAUGAACAGGAGAUCUAUGAAGCACAGCUUCACGACCUACUGCAGCUGAAACAGGAGAACAACUACCUGACAACUAUCGCCCGGCAGAUCGGACCCUACAUCCGGUCCAUAGCCAAGGUGAAGGAGCGUCUGGAGCCCAGACUGAAAGAGCCAACGGACCUGAAGGACGACCGCACAGAGACCAUGCUGAAUAUCUACGAUGACUGCAGCAUGAUCACAGACACACAGCACAGAAAUGACCUGACCUGUGCUGCAGAGGACAAUCGCGACAAGGUUCCAGACAAUCGCUCAAUCAACAUCCUGUCUGAAGAUGUGUCGCUUAAGAACAAGGACUACUACUGGUCGGGGAAGCAGAAGAACUCCAUGGAUGUGCCUGGUCGGAAAGAGAUGCCUUUAUAAAAGCAGUUCCAAUUAAAAAUGACUGCAUGGAGUCAAGCAGUUCCCCAGUGCUGUCUUUCACUGCACCAUCGGGGGGCACCAUCAGCGACACCCUUACCCGGCAUUUCCUUCAGCACCAGUAGGAGGUACUGCUCAGGAUUCACAGCCAGCGCGUUUGCAGGCACCUGACCUGAACUGACUGAUGUUACUCGUCUAGGUAUAGCUGUAGGUUUUCCAUAAAUGGAAUUAAUAAACGUAUAAACAAACAUUUUAUGCAAGCACAGUGAGGCAGUACUUCAGAAUUGUGAAUCUGGAGGAUCAACGCAAAUGGAUGAUUUUUAUAGAAAAUAUGGACCUCUUUUUUCAGAUAUUUUUACCGAGCUAGAGUUCCCUAUGAUAAUGAAUGCUCAAUGAUCGAUAUUAUAUUGGUGUUAUUGCUGUAAUACUUCCUAUAGUUUUUUUUCAGCAGUAUUUUAAGUAAACUAAAGCACAGAUCAGUUGAUUUAAUGAACAAAUCCAGUCAUUAUAAAGAUGUAGUGGACACAAAUAGCGAAGCAUGUUAGGUGUCUGCUUGUUAUCAUAGCUGUAGGUUUCUGUCCACGGCUGUUUUUAACAUUUGUGUUUAGGGUUAAAACUAAAACUGGGAGCAGAAACCGGGCUCUGAAGUGGAGACAAAGGAAAGAGCAAAGAUCAAGAAUGACCAGGAGCUGGAAUUCAUAGUCUUUGACUUUCAUGGUGACUGAACGGGUUGAGAGAUGAUGACGAUGCAGAAUUACAACAGCAGCUCUCAGACGAGUUUGACUUUCAGUUUUGAUAACUCAGGAGGUGCACGGCCGUGCAGUGCUGUGCGAAGAGCUGUUUGCAACAGGACUUCUGUGGAGAUGCAUGGUUUUAAGCCAAGUCAGUCCCACUCGUAAUUUAUGAAAAUACUCAACAGCUGUGAGGGGGGGGUAUAAAAAAAUUUAUUGAUUGUCUGAAUUCACAAUUGUCAAAGGCAAAUUGAAACAUAACAUAACAUGUUGUUUGAAGAUGGAUGACGCCAGUAAUAUGAAGACAAAAGCUAUCACAGAUGUAACUUGGCUGAACUGGACCAAGAGGUAUCAAGUGUUUCAGCAGGCUUGAGAUGGCCCAUCAUCAGUACAGGUUUAUCGUAACCAGGUCUUUUUGGUAUAACAGUCAACCUAGCCAACAAUAAAUAUCAUGGAGACAAAAAAAUGAUAAUACCUUGCUUUAUUUCCCUAAAUCCAUUUGCAGAGUCUUAUAUUUACUAAAAGUCAAGUCAAGUAAAAUGUCUACCAACAGUGCCCCUCUCCCCCAACCUCUGAAAACCUUGGGCAGUAGUACCUCCUAAAAUGAAGUCAUCACCCUUAAAACACAACCGAAGCCCUUACGUUAAGUCUCUGCAGCCAUGACUGCUCACCAAAAAAAGUGCAUUAAAGAGUUUCAAUUGGUUGAUUCAGUACACAGAACGGCUGAGGCCCUGGGGGAACGGGGGAGGAGGGGGCCACCCGGACUCGGACACAUUUUGCGGCUCUUUUGGCGAAAUGCUAGCCAGGAAAUCGAACAUUCAGGCAGACCUCACAAUAUGAAGGAACCCGUACUGAUUUGUGAAACCGAAACCUGUCAUCCCGUCGGAACGUGACUGUACACAAGUUAAUGAUCCAUCUGCUACACGCUUUGUGAUCGUCCUCAACGAAGACAAGGCCUCAUUACUCACGCCUGAAGCUAAAAGCGGCCCUGAAUGAGGGCGAGGGAUCCCAGCCACCCACCACAAAGACGUCAAGUGUCUGAUGACUGCGUCUAUGUGCCGAAGCAUCCAGAAUGAAAACAGAAAAACGAUAAAGACAGAAAUAAUUAAUUUUAGAGCUGAAAAAAAACUCUAAAAUUGCUUAAUACUGGCCUCAUGAAGCAAUGUGAUAAAGAAAGUCAAAAAUUAUGACAAAAUAGAGGUGCACAGGGAGCUGAACACUGGCCACCAGUUUGGUGCUCAGUGACUGAAUGCACUAAGAAACAGACCUGAUGAAGACCUAGACUGAACAGAACAGUGACCUUGGCCAGCGCGCUGCGGUGAGACACCCCGGCACACACAGUGAUGUUUGGAAAUUAAACAACAUUAAAAAUGAUACAUCAUGUGUGAUUGGCUGUUACCCACCCACGUGUCAGGCUGCUGGAAUUAGGGAAGGGUGGGGGGGGGGGGGGGGGUACAAGCCAUUAUAGUGCUCAGUAUUUAGUUUCAGUAUCUGUGUGACCACUUUGGUCCCUGCAGCAACCAGAAGGCCAACGAUGGCAUGACCGGUGUCCUCUGGCAUCCUCACAGGAGGUCAGCUUGAAAGCAAAGUCUUAAAAAAAAUCCCAUUUCCGAAUCCCUCUUCCCCGGCAUUCAGCUCUGUACCCGGAUGCCUGGGAUGAAGGGCAAACCCGUGGGCACCUUUCGCUUGUAGUCCAGGUAGUCCUCACCGAAGAAGUGGAUUAGCGAGAUUUCUUCCUCCUCAAUGCGCUCGCGGAAGAAACGCCAGCUGGCUAGGGUGUAGCCCAGUAAGCAGACCGGGUUACAUAGCAUCACCUGAGCAGGGAGACAAAUACAUACUGCGUUAUACAUCACCUCAAAAUGUACAAGGAUGUGCAUUUAGUAGUGACAGCCAAAUUAAGCUUCAUGAACCAUUUGCUAUAUGUUCUGACUCCACUAGAUGGUGCUCUCUGUUCAAAAAAGGGCUCAAAGCAAACCAAGAGCACCAUCUAGUGGGGUCAAAAAAUAUAGCAAAUGGAACACGAAGCUUCUUUUGGCCAUCACUAGCGUUUAGGGCUGACCUUUAUAGACAAGUGUUUGUACUAUAUUUAUCCAGCCAUAUUUUACAACUGCCUAACCAGUACAGGGUUGGAGGAGAGGCACAGGGCGCAAAGCAGGGGACGCAGAAAUGGAAUACAGACAGCAAAACCAGUUUAAUGACGGCAAUGGAUGUAACUGCAGGAAGACUAUGGGAGGAAACUGGGGUACCGAGAUGCAUCCUGGGGUCUGUUUCCCAAAAUCUCCUGUUUGCAACCUGAACAGUGGGGAAACCAUUUAGUCACAUGGUUCCAACUAUGUAAGCUGCUAACUUUUGGGAAACUAACUUCUGGAUGACAUGGAGAAAGAACACAAACUCGCAGAACUGGGGGGUAUGAAUCAAACUGACAAAAAACAAGUAAAACGUUCACAUGUAUACUGAAGUGAUCCAAGCGCUUUUCCUAUCUAUAUCUUAGCAUUUGUAUACUUGGAAAAUUUGACUAAGAGUUCUUCAUCCAAAUUGACAGCGUAAGACCGUAAAAAUGAUGUAACUAUCUGGGCUCUCCCGACGUAGGGCUCAGAACAGGACACAUGAGUUGAAAAAGUUAGUUUUUCCAAUAUACGCAGUAAUACUAAGAACCAAUGUAUUACAGUGCUUGUUAUAAAAUUCACCUGCGUGCCAAUGCUCCAGUAGAACCAGCCAACGUAUGAGGGGUGCCGGCAGUAGGCGUAGACCCCGCUGGUCACCAGCACGUGGCUCUGGGCCUUCUCGUUCUGGACCACGUGGUUGAAGUUCGAGCCGGCAGUCAGCAUGGCGGACUUGCGCAGGCCCUCUCCACAGAACACCAUGAACAACCCCAGCAGGCUGACCCAGCUCAGCUGCUUCAGCUCUGCGAGGGAAGAGAGAAGCGGCGGGGAUCAGCCCACGGCCACCACACCGUACCAUGAUGCACCCAGGUCCUCAGCCAUUGGCUCGCGAAACGGGGGGCUAACAGGAACAGACAGUAAGGUAGCGAUUAGGCUUGGGAAGCAUUGUGGUAAUAUGGAACACUGCAGAAUUUUUGGAUAUUACUGCAGUAUACAAUGAGCCACCAAGCUGUGCAUAAAUGGUCUCAGAUGGGACAAAUAAUAUAUGAACAGGCCCGACUGGGGACUAAAAUGGUGUUUUCUAUUAAAACUCCAAGUGUAAAAAAGGCCACUAAUAUUAAGCAAGAAGAGUUCGAGGAGCAGCAGGGGCACCUGGGAAGAGGAGUCUCUCGACCAUGAACUCCACCCAUGAGGACACGGCUGCUAUAGUAUACUCCACGCUGUGGUUCAGCAGGAAGGAAUCCAGGGACAGGCUACGAGGGUUAAUGAUGGCCGUCACCAGGUACUCGGAGUAGUGGAAGAAGGACAGGGAGCACAUGUACCUGCGAGAAAGGUGUCACUGUUAAGGGGUCCAGCUGUCAGAACCCCAGGUGAAAGAUAUUUAGACAGUACUGGGUUAAACCUUAACUGCUACUGCAUACGUGACAAGCUGCAUAAAAUCCAAACUUCACAGACUUUUCCAGACACUUUUAAUAGCCUUUAUACACCUUUUCCACAACCUUAUCACUGUCGCAAAGAAAGAGAACUACAUCCUCAGAAGAACAAUGAACGUCUGCCAGAACUGAGGAAGAUAGAUCAAGACAUUUGGCGACCUAGCAACCAAACAGGCAAAAGAAACCAAAAGAAAGUCUAAAGAAAAGCUUACAUCUACGGCCCGGAACACGCCAAGCCAAUUUUCGGCCUUUGGAAACUGUCACAGCAUCGGUGAGAGUUGGUGACUGCCUGUCGGACAUGGUUAGUCACCAUCGGUGCCAUUUUGACCAAUUUAGCAUGCUGAAUCGGCUUCAGAGCUAGCUGGUGAAACUAAGCUCUCUGACUGGGCUGUAUGUCAACUGUCACCUCUAGUCGUGCCAGUGUGUUCCAGCGCAAGUUUUCACAAUCAAUGGGAGCCGAUGUCAGCUGAUGGGAACCGAUUAUUUGUCGUCGUUGGUCUGCACUAGUCUUUUGCCGUCGGCUUGGUGUGUACCCAGCUUAAGGUUGUGGUCAAGCUCUUGGCUAAUAGCUGAAGAGAAAGACAGUCUUCCCCUAGCAACCUAGAAAUUGUUUUAAGCAUGCCCUUCUUCCAGUUGAACUUCUGUAGAAUGGUGCUGAUUUUUGUAUGACAAAACUGUCUAUCUUGCAUGCAAUAAAGGGCUUUCAUAUUUACCGA